AUGGCGCCUCAUCGGCGCUCAUCAAGACUACUUACCACCACAACCCGCAGGGUAAACAAAACUAACAAUUCUCAAUUAUCUCCAAUAGGAGCCGAUGACUCCAGUCCGAAUCAAUCACAUUCAUUUAAUCUAGUUCUUCAUGGUCCAAACACAAAAAGCAACGAAACACCAUUAUUGACAAAACACUCGACUCAUAUAUCCACCACUCCAAUACCCCAAACACCAGUGACUACAGGUCGGAUUCGACCGGCACCAGAAGAAAUGCAUCCUAGCAAGUCUCAUUUAAGUACUACUCAUGGACCUGACUCUGGGCUCCGUCUCGGCUUCACUGACAUCACUACCGCCGGUAGCAAUCAGCCCUCUGGUAUCACACAAAAAACACCAACCAAAAAAGGGGUAUCAGAAUGCUCAUUUGACUUCAAAUUUUCUCGCCCUAACACCCAACUUGGUCCUGAAGCUCAAAAAAUGAUGGAAGAGCUGCAGUUAGAAGCUCAAAGAAUAAAGGCAAAAAUGGCUUCAGAAAGGGAUGAUAAGAAACAGAAAGAAGAGCCAAGUAAAGUUAUGGAUCACGGUCGCAAGGUAGCCCAUCCGAAGGGCAAGAUUGGUAGAUUUAGUGAUGCUCACUUGUUAGAGUUCAAAAAAAUGAACUCUAUCGCUGAUCAUCCAUCGGUACUACGAACCCAAGCAUCCAAUUUAUCUACCACAAAAAGUAUAUUGAAACGUUCUCCAUCAAAGGCAGACCUGGAUGACAACAAUACAGCACGAAAAAAACUUUCAAGAAACGAUAAAAAGCUCGACAGCGUUCCAAAACAACAAUCUUCAAUUUCAGCUAAGCGUAUUGGAAAAAAGGAAACAAUUAGUGGAUUUUCGAGGAAACUAGUUUCUACUCCAAGUCAAUCAAACUCGUCGUUUAAGGCCCCCCCCUUCAUGAGUGCUAUCCCGGAAGUAGUAAUUCCUUCUGAAGGUGCUCAAAUUCCCGCGACACCGAAUGUGACCGGAUCUAUGUCACCAUCAAAGCUCAAUAACAAUAAAACAUCUGAGAAGUUAGGUCUGGUGACAAUGACCGAUACUCCGAGCUCUAUACCAAUAUCUCCGAGAAAGACAUGCGGUUCCAACCAGUUUGAGCAUACAAGGCCUAAUUCUCGCCUCCCAGAUCGUAGCCAAAAGCCAGAGCACGCUUUAUCUAUUUUUUUGAGAUCUCCCAACAAACAUAAAGAACAUGAAUCCCGGUAUUUACACUCCAAUACAUCCACAAAAUUUGUUGAUAGUCGGGAUAAUCUAAAUAAAGCUAAUAAAUUUGGCUUUACUCCUAAAAAUAUCAGAAAUAACACAGCUAACGACCAAAGUUCGCCAUCUCCGGUGAAGCCAGGAAUGAUACAAUCAAAGACACUCCUUAAAAACAGCUCAAGAAGUUCACUAAAUAAAACAUCUGCAGCGAAAGCGAACAGAAUCCUUUUCCCGUCUAUUUCUAAAGCGCAGGAAUUGAGUAACUCUAGCACUAUUGAAUAUCCGUCUCUAUCUGAAUUUCAUUCCUCUCCCAAGCCACCAAAUCAGAUUACAAAAGAACGACAAUUACCAAGCGCUCCGGGUACUUUCACUUUCCGCAGCGAUCAAUCGAUUAAGUUUUGUCCUUCCCAGAAUAACUUUGGUAUGUCUUCAGGAAAAUCAAGCAUUCGUCAGGUCUCUGCCAGCGACCAGACCAACGAUGCCCCUUGUACCCGACUUAAGAGCAAUAAAGAUAAAAGCCAGCCUCCUUUCCUCAAAAUCCCAAAUAAAAAACGGGCGCGUACUGAGCUUGAGGAUGAGCUCUCUGAAUCUAGAACUACCAAAAAAACGAAGCUCAAAGCAACCGGAGGUCCCUCAUUUAUGACUCACAAAUUACGGAAAGGAAAAGAAACAGCCUCAUCAAUACCUACUCCCUCAAAGCCGCGUGGUGUCCUAACACUUAGUCGUCUUAACAUGCUGUCUCGACCUAAAAUUCGGAAUUAA